CUGUUGGCCAAGCUGCCUGAGGCCUACAGAUUGUUGGAGUCCAAAAACCUUGGAGGACCAAAGGCUUGCUACUGCAGGAGGAGCCCCCCGAAAUGUCCCUAAAGGCAAACAACCCCUCCUCGAAGGCAAAACGGACGCGGAAAGGGCCGGCUUUCUGGACUGAUGAGACCGGGGAGACGCAGAAAGUGAGGAGGGACCCCUUUGUGCCCCUGGCCCAGCCGGCCUGGGAGAUCCAGGACAAGGUCCCCCCUCCCCCAAAGUUUUUUGGCCUUGUCAGUUGGUGGCAGUUAACAGCUGUGGGUUUGGUUCUUAUAACCAUGGUCCUGUUCUUCUUUCUGAUACAUCUGAUUGCUGUCUAUAUGGUGGAAGCGGACACUAUUGCCAACAAAGCUCCGAUGCUGGAUCACUCCAAAAAUAGGCUGAAGGAGGCGGUGAGGUGGUACUUCUCGAGCGUCAUCACGACCUUGGACUGCAGACCCUGCCCGGACCAUUGGCUGCAAUGGGGGGAUAACUGCUACCUGGGCACCUCCGAGAUGAUGUCCUGGGAGAAAUGCAUCCCGCACUGCGAGACCUUGGGAGCCAGCCUUCUGAUGGGAAGGACAGAAGGAGAAAUGGCCUUCCUGAUAAUCGAGACUGAGAAAUGGCUGGCUGAGGAGUACCAGUGGCGCAUACCUGGAAAUUUCUGGAUCGGGCUAAAAUACAACUCUUCUCACGGUUCUUGGCAGUGGAUGGAUGGGAGCAAUCUGCACCUCAGAAUAACCGAGGUUUUUAAGAACUAUCUUCUGGAAAUUGAUUUCUGUGUCCUGUUUGGCCGCGGGACUUUAAGCCUCAAGACAUGCAACUCUGUGAACCACUGUCUGUGCAAGAAAACGGAACAUUGAAUGCGGUGAUGGAGGUGAAAAGGCCACCUUCGUGGAGGGACCUUCAAGCCCAGUGCGCCUGAUGAUAGGAAAUAUCAGCAGACCUGGAAGGAAGACUUUAUUGUAAAGAGCAUUUCCUUCUCUGCCAAGUUGCCUUUAGUGGCGAGCCUUUGUCAAUGGAUGCCUUCAAAUAAAUGGUAUAUAUUGGUUUCAA